CCAGAGCCAGCUUCAUGUGGGGGAGGGCCUGCACAGAAACAACGUCAUUGGGAUCGGAGGGCUGCAAGGCUGGGCGCAAGCAGAUGUGGGCCUUAAAUGGCAUGGAACAGUUAUAGCAACCAGGCCUGUGGCACCAGCACCUCCGCCUGCAAGUGCAAUGGAACUGGGACACAAAACAGCCGUUGGACUCAUGACAGUGUUGGCGUGUGUGGAAGCUGCUGUGGGCUGGUGCACAGUGUCCCAGCCUCAGGAAUCCUGGGCCACCACCGGGGACUCCCUGACACUCAACUGCACCUUCCAGGUGCCAGACGAGUCUAGGGUUCGAGUGACCUGGUCUCAUAGUGAUGGAUCCCAGGCAGGCCGUGUGCAGGUGUCCUCCAGCAUUCGAGACAAUAGAAGAAAUGUAUCAGACGAUGGGGACCCCAAAGAGCUGGUGUACGAGGAGGGGGGACACAGUUGGUCCAGACUGACUCUAAGAAAUACUAACUUCAACAAUCAAGGGAUCUACUUCUGUGAGGUGACAGUGGAGAUCCCACACCUAGAGAAAUGCUCCGGCAAUGGAACGAAAGUUCUAAUUGAAACUCCGCCUGCAGAUACAGAGGGCUGGAAGAUCUGGGUGGGGGUGGGAAUGGGGGCUUUUCUGCUGACCGGCAUGAUGUUGGGAUUGUCAGUCUACUGCUGGAAGAAGAGGCCCAAAGAUGUGAUCUAUGCCAACAUUCCACAUGCUCGUCGCCCCUUCAGUCAAGCUUGGUCCCACAGCCACAUACCGGACCACAGAUCAAGUCGGAUCAGCUGCCUCAACCAGUACCAGGACAAACCGUGUCAGGCCCCGAGCCCCAAGUCCCUGGAGGCCCUCACCAAGCUUGGGGGGCGGAAGCCUGUCCAGACCAGUGGCCUAAAAACAUAAGCCAGCAUCUGCUCGGGUUAAUACUGUAUACUAUAUGUACUUAUUUUUCAUAAAUAAAUACACACACACACGCAUAUACAUAUAUAUUAGGCGUGCAAUCACCUAACUUUUCACAGACUAUUGUGAUAACAUCUACACUUUCCUCUGGUUUGUUACAUGUCAUCGGUGUGUAUGUCUGCCUACCCAGCCCUUCCUCCCCAGAUUGGUCAUUGUAGGUGUCGUCGACGUAAUCUGCAUUCAGUUAACGUUAGUCCUGUCUGUACCCUGUUCCACGUAAUCCCUGUGUUCCAAAUCCGACCAGGCUCUCCAUUUGUACCCUUGUACAUUUUGUGUCCAAUAAAGUUCCAUUUCCCAAAACCA